AUGUCUGACGUAGAAGAGCCAACCUCCCCAAUUGUCGCCGAGGCCGAUGAGGUCGAAGUUUCUGGAGAUGCAUCCAAGGGACAAAUGUCCGUUAUCGACGCAUUGAAGGGUGUUCUCAAGCUCGCACUUAUGCACGAUGGUCUCGCCAGAGGUCUCCGUGAAGCCUCCAAGGCUCUCGACCGUCGCCAAGCACACAUGUGUGUUCUCAACGAGGCAUGUGAGGAGGAAGCAUACAAGAAGUUGGUCGUUGCUCUCUGCUCCGAGCACAAGAUCCCCUUGAUCAAGGUUCCAGACGGAAAGCAAUUGGGCGAGUGGGCUGGUUUGUGUGUUUUGGACCGUGAGGGUAACGCACGCAAGGUUGUCAACUGCUCCUGCGUUGUCGUUAAGGAUUGGGGUGAGGAGUCUCAAGAGCGCACCAUGCUCCUCAACUACUUCCAAACCGAGCAAUAA